AUGCUUAUCGACGCGGCAGCAGAGCUCGUUGAGGGUCUCGCCCGAGGCCAUCACCCCACCUAUGGCGUCGGGUCCAUGACCUGUUCCAUCUAUGACACAGCAUGGAUCUCUAUGAUCACCAAGGUCGUCGGCGACCAGACAGAGUGGCUAUUUCCAUCCAGUCUCACCCUGAUUCUCGACCAGCAGCACGAGAAUGGCGGGUGGAUUGGUCACGGCACUGAGACAGAUGUCAUCCUCAACACGGCAGCGGCCAUUCUUGCCCUUUGCAAGCAUCGGGGAGAGUCCAACACUGCUGACCUCAAUGAUCGGAUCUCACGGGCAACCCAAUUCUUGGACAGGGAGCUGAAAGCCUUUUGGCUUGACGCUUCAACCACUUUGCCUGUGGGAUUCGAGAUGCUACUACCGAAACUGCUCCAGCUUCUCGCCAAGGAGGGAAUCAACCUGGAGUUCCCAGCACGCGCCAUGUUGGAAAAGAUUCGGGCCAUGAAGAUGGCACGAGUCAGGCUGGACAAGCUAUACGAAGGGCACAAAUCAACACUCCUACACUCACUCGAGGCCUUUGUUGGAGAUGUCGACUUUGACCGUCUCAGUCAGCACAAGCAAAUGGGUAGCAUGAUGGCCUCGCCUGCGUCGACCGCAGCAUACCUCAUGAACUGUUCGACAUGGGAUGACGAAGCUGAGGCCUAUCUUCAACAUGUUGUUCUCUACGGUGCUGGGCAUGGUAGUGGUGGUGUUCCAAGCGCUUUUCCUUCGACGUAUUUCGAAUACACUUGGGUCGUGGCCACUCUGUUGGAAAACGGCUUCACUCGGGAGGACCUGGGGACCGAGAGUCUGGAAAAGAUUGGUCAGACUCUUGAAGGGGCGUUUGAGGCAGGAUCUGGGUUCAUUGGAUUCGACGAUACAGCCAAAGGUAUCACCACUUUGAACCUAAUGGGAUCACCAACCCCAGCGUCCAAAUUGGUCACCCUGGUUGACAGGAAAGCCAAGGAAGCUCACUUCAGGACAUAUGCCGGUGAAAGAGACGCCAGCAUCACCACUAACUGCAACUGCUUGACCUCAUUGUGUGCAAGCCCCGAUGCCAGUCAGCAUGUUGAUGUUAUUGAGAUGGCAAUGCGAUACCUCUGCAACAAGUGGAAUACCGAACCUGUUGGCAUAAGAGACAAAUGGGUAAGUCUACCUUGCUUCCAAAACAGUUUGGACACAAACAGAAGUGCUAACUGGUUACCUUGGUCACAGCAUCUAUCUUCGCUGUAUCCAAUGAUGCUCAUGACACAAGGACUCAUGAGCGGGUUAGACAGCUGGGGACGAGGGGUUCUACCCAACCUACCAACAGAGGUUGUUGUUGAUGCCGUUACCGUCGCCCACCAGAUUAUGGGCCAUCUUCUGCGGUUUCAACGAGACGAUGGUUCUUGGGAUGGAGAACGCGAAUGCACAGCCUACGCCGUCAUUGCCAUUACCCGCAUUGCCUCACUUCCUACCGUCAAGCCGAUUCUUUCCCACAUAAAUGCAGCCCUUGAACGUGCGAAGGGUUUCCUUAGACAGUAUCUCAACUGCGACCUCGAGCCCGAACAUCUUUGGAUCGAAAAGGUGACAUACGGGUCACGCAACCUGUCUCAGGCAUUUCUCCUCGCUGCCAUGAAGUGCACAAUCCUGCCCGCUCCGCCCCGUCUGCAAGAGCUCGUUCCUCCCAACCUCGAAGCCACACUCAAGUCAGCCAAAUUGUUCCGGCAGUUGCCCAUGUUUUCCGAGGUCUCCACCUCCAGGAUUGAUAUCUCCCUCAUCGAAAGCUCUCUUUUCGUCUCUCGCCUACGCGAGCGUUGUCUGGAGAUAUUCCCCGGUCGAACAGCCACCAAAGAGAAGCACCUCGCCUACAUCCCCUUCACCUGGGUAGCAGGCAACGAGCUCCACGGCCGGCCUCUCGGCUCCCACAUCCUUCUCGAGAUGAUGGUCAUCUCAGCCCUAGCCUACCAAGUAGACGAGUUCAUCGAGACCUCUGUCUCCCAGCUCCCACCCGAAGCCAUCGCCAGACUCCAUUCAGAGCUCGACACUCUUUUCCAUCUCCCGGCUACACCACCCACCACCACCCCAUCCCUCUUCAGCUCCAUCCCCCUUUUGGGCAACCUAUUCACCCCUCCACCAACCCCCCUCCUCGCCACCAUCAAGCAGACACUCUCCCACUUCCUCACCACCAUCUCCGUCCUCCCUUAUGUCCAGACCGCCCCACCCAUCCUCCAGUCUAACCUCCGCCUCCAGCUGAAAGCCUACCUCUCCGCCCACCUAACCCAAAUGGAAUACAACCACGCCCUCUCCCUCCAACCAAACAAACACACCCUUGUAUCACCCCCCUCCCCACUCUACGACUGGCUCCACACCACCUCAGGCACCCACACCGCCGGCCCCCUCGCCAUAUCCCUCUUCCAAUGCCUCCUCUCCCCUUUUUUCAUUCCCACACCGAAAGUCCAGCACCUGUUUAAUUCCAUCUCCCGGCAUUUAUCCGCCAUCUGCAGGAUCUACAACGACUUGGGCAGCCUGAACAGAGACAGGGAGGAGAACAACGUCAACGCGGUCAACUUCCCCGAGUUUGAGGGCGCGGUAGAUAUAAAAGAGCAAAUGAUGGGGAUCGCCGGGGUUGAAAGGAAAAUGUUGGAUCUGGCACUCAAAGAGCUGGAAAAGGAGCUGGGGGGGACAAAGGGGGGGAAGGUGAUGAAGGGGUUGGGGGUUUUUGUGAGCAGUGCUGACGUUUACGGGGAGAUGUAUGUGGUUAGGGAUAUGACGCCCAGGGUUAAGCAGACCUGA